AUGGCUGCUGAACCUGGAGUUGCUCAUCCUGAAGUGGACACUGCCCUGGGUCGUGUGUGAGGCCUGCAGGUGGGCGUGAAGGGCACAGACCGCCGUGUGAAUGUCUUUCUGGGCAUCCCGUUUGCCCAGGCACCACAAGGGCCCGGCCAGUUCUCAGCCCCGUGCCCAGCACAGUCCUGGGAGCGUGUGCGGGAUGCCAGCACAGCCCCCCCAAUGUGCCUGCAGGAAGUGAAGAGAAUGAACAACUUCAGGUUUCUGCUGAAUGAUUUGAGGGUUUUCUCUAUUUCAGAGGACUGCCUGAUCCUCAACAUCUACAGCCCAGCUGGGGCCACAACAGGGGCUGGGAGGCCGCUGCGAAGCCCAGAGGGCCCUGUCAUGGUGUGGAUGCAUGGGGGCUCGAUGAUGGUUGGUGCAGCCACUUCCCAGGACGGGUCAGCCCUGGCUGCCUUUGGGGAUGUAGUAGUGGUCACAAUCCAGUACCUCAGCACUGGGGCCAGGCAUGGGCCAGGCAACUGGGCUUUCCUAGAUGUGGUGGCUGCUCUGCACUGGGUGCAGGGAAACAUCACCCCUUUCGGGGGCAACCCCAACUGUAUCACCGUCUUUGGGGAGUCUGCAGGUAGCCUCAUUGUUUCUGCUCUGGUUCUGUCCCUGUUGGCUGCGGGGCUUUUCCACAGAGCCAUAGCACAGAGUGGAAUCAUCACAUUCCCAGGAAUCCUGGAUUCUGACUCAUUGUCCCUGGCUCAGGACUUCGCAGACUCCUUGGCCUGCAGCUCCAACUCCACAGCUGAGAUGCUGCAGUGCCUUCGACAGAAGACAGGUGAAGAGAUGAUCCUUACCAAGGAGUCCCGCCAGAAAAUUAAAAUCAUGCUCUAUACCACUGAUAGCACCUUCUUUCCCAAGAGCCCCCAAGAGCUCUUGAAAGAGAGGCAGUUCCACCCUGUGCCCUUCCUUGUGGGCAUCACCAAUCACGAGAUGAGCUGGGUCAUCCCCCAGAUGAAUGGCUGGGGUAUUCUGGACCAGAUCGAGCAGACGAGCCAAGAGAACAUACUGACUUUUUUGAGGCCAACAAUGACCGUACUGGACCUACCCCCUGAGCUGUGGCUCACUGUCAUAGAUGAAUACCUAGGCAACACAUCAGACCCAUGGACUAAGUGCGAUGCCCUUCUGGACUUGAUGAGCGACAUUUGCUUCAACUUUCCCACCUUGAACUUCUCAAGAAACCUCUGAGAUUUUGGGGUCCCCAUCUUUUUCUAUGAGUUCCAUCAUCGACCCAGUUCUUUUGUGAAAAUCAAGCCAGACUGGGUGAGAGCUGACCAUGGGGCUGAGUUGGCCUUCAUGUUUGGGGGCCCCUUCCUCAAGGAUGAGAGCUCCCUCCUGGCCUUUCCAGAGGCCACAGAGGAGGAAAAGUAUCUGAGACUUACCAUAAUGGCCCAGUGGACACAAUUCGCUAGGACAGGGGACCCCAAUGGUGAGGGGCUGCCUUACUGGCCCCUCUUCAACCAAUUGGAGCAAUACCUGGAGGUCAGCCCAGUGCCAUGGGUCGGCCAGAAGCUAAGGGAAGCCCAGAUGAAGUUCUGGGCAGAGACACUCCCCACUAAGAUCCGACAGUGGCAGCAGAAGCAGAAGGGCAGGAAGGCCCAGGAGGAGCUCUGA